AAGGGGAAAGUUUCAAAUAAACAGGAGAUUCCCAAUUCCAUAGCAUUAAUUCUUCUUCACUCAUGGCUGCUGCUCUGAGUUUGAGUUUGAGUUUGAAGCUUGUAUGUUUCCAUGCAUUCACAAUUUCUCUCCUUGCCUCCAAUCAUUUGGGACAGUCUGCAGACACAUAUAUAGUUCACAUGGACUCUUCAGCCAUGCCCAAACCCUUUUCCGGCCACCAUGGCUGGUAUUCCUCCAUGCUUUCUUCCGUAUCAGAUGCUUCUACACCCACCGGCGCCGCCGUCACCCCGUCCACCACUGCCAAGCUUAUCUAUACUUACAGUAAUUCCAUAAAUGGCUUCAGUGCAAGUCUCACUCUUUCUGAGCUUGAGGCUCUCAAAAAGUCCCCCGGCUACCUCUCUUCUACUCCAGAUCAGUUUGUCCAACCUCACACUACCCGCAGUCACGAGUUCCUUGGCCUAAGGCGAGGUUCCGGAGCAUGGACUGCCUCGAAUUAUGGGAAUGGUGUCAUAAUUGGCCUGGUUGACUCCGGAAUUUGGCCUGAAAGUGCCAGCUUUAAGGACGAGGGUAUGGGUAAACCUCCCUCUAGGUGGAAAGGUGCAUGUGUGGCGGACGCCAACUUUACUUCUUCCAUGUGCAACAACAAAAUCAUUGGAGCUCGGUAUUAUAAUCGAGGUUUUCUAGCUAAAUAUCCAGACGAAACCAUUUCGAUGAACUCUUCUCGAGAUUCACAAGGACAUGGAACCCACACUUCAUCGACGGCUGCAGGCGCCUUUGUGGAGGGUGUAUCCUAUUUUGGGUAUGCCAAUGGUACUGCUGCAGGCAUGGCACCACGGGCCUGGAUAGCCGUGUAUAAAGCGAUCUGGAUUGGAAGAAUUGCGCAAUCGGAUGCUCUAGCCGCAAUUGAUCAGGCAAUUGAGGACGGUGUCGAUAUACUGUCCUUGUCCUUCUCCUUUGGAAACAACAGCUUGAACCUGAACCCCAUUUCAAUAGCUUGUUUCACAGCUAUGGAGAAGGGCAUAUUCGUGGCUGCGUCGGCAGGAAACGACGGGAACGCCUUCGGAACCUUAAGCAAUGGAGAACCAUGGGUGACAACAGUUGGUGCUGGUACCAUGGACAGAGAUUUGUAUGGCAUCUUAACUUUGGGGAAUGGAGUUCAAAUCCCCUUUCCUUCGUGGUAUCCUGGGAAUCCUUCUCCACAGAACACGCCAUUGGCUCUCAGUGAAUGUGAUAGCAGCGAAGAAUACCUAAAAAUUCGAGGCUACAUUGUUGUAUGCAUAACUUCUGAAUUCAUCAUGGAAACCCAAGCAUACUAUGCCAGGGAAGCAAACGCAACAGCUGCUGUCUUCAUUUCUGAGAAAGCUAUGUUUCUGGAUGACACCCGAACUGAAUACCCAUCUGCGUUCCUCCUUCUCAAGGACGGCCAAACUGUCAUAGACUACAUAAACAAGAGCAGUGAUCCAAGAGCGAGUAUGGCAUUUCAGAAGACAGAAAUGGGUACCAAGCCCGCUCCAAUGGUGGAUAUAUAUAGCUCAAGAGGGCCAUUUAUACAAUGCCCCAAUGUCUUAAAGCCUGAUAUUCUAGCUCCUGGCACAUCAGUUCUGGCAGCAUGGCCUUCAAAUACUCCAGUUUCUGAUAAUUUUUAUCACCAAUGGUAUUCUGACUUCAAUGUCUUGUCUGGGACAUCCAUGGCCACUCCUCACGUUGCGGGCGUGGCUGCUCUAGUAAAGGCAGUGCACCCAAAUUGGAGCCCGGCUGCCAUUCGAUCUGCACUGAUGACCACAGCUAAUACAUUGGACAAUACUCAAAACCCCAUCAAAGAGGUUUCUAAUGAUACAGUCACCGCACUAGAUAUGGGGGCCGGCCAGGUGAACCCCAAUAAGGCACUUGAUCCUGGGCUCAUCUACAAUGCAACUGCAGAAGAUUAUGUGCAGCUUCUUUGUGCCAUGGGCUUCACAGCAAAGGAGAUUCAAAAGAUUACAAGAUCCUCCUAUGAAUGUUUGAACCCGUCUUUGGAUCUUAAUUACCCAUCUUUCAUUGCUUACUUCAAUGAUGAGAGUUCAGCCCCAGAUGAACUUGUACAAGUAUUUCACAGGACUGUUACUAAUGUUGGGGAAGGGCAGUCCAAUUACACUGCAGAACUCACACCCCUGAAAGGAUUAAAGGUGAAGGUGGAGCCAGAGAAAUUGGUAUUCAAUUGCAAGCAUGAGACGCUGAGCUACAAUCUUACUUUAGAGGGCCCAAAAUCCAUGACAGAGUAUCUGGUAUAUGGCCAUCUCAGUUGGGUCUCGGAUGGUGGGAAAUAUGUUGUGAGAAGUCCAAUUGUGGCAACAAGGAUGGACCCCGGAAUGGCUCCUGACUUCUUCGGUGGUUUCUGAAGCUACCAUUACUAUUUUGAAGUAUCCUUUCCGCCUAUGGCAUGGAUAUGUGUCAUGCGUGCUCUGUGGUUUUGCAUCACAAUGUUGAAGUAAAUAAAUGUGGCUUCGCAUCUGUGGUCUACCAUCACUGUAUGCGCGUAAAUAAAAGUUAAAGAUCAUUUACUUCA